AUGGCCACUACCCAGGCCAUCCAGCACCUCCGCAAACAGCUCAUCGCCGCAACCGGCGACAAGGCAAAGCACCACGUCCGUCUCCCCUCGUCGUCUCUCGUCCUCAUCAGUUGCCGCCCAGUCCUCGUCACCCCGCCCCUCGACAGUGCCGCCAGCGAGCUCCACGUCAUCGCCGUCCUCCUCACGAGCGACCGAGCCCGCGAGCGCGCGACGACCGGUGGCAGCCGCCGACUCGCCUUCGAGGAGGCCGUCUCGAUCCUCAAGCAGCUCAAGGCCGAGGUCGUCGCCACCGACGAGCUCCUGCGGGAAACCAAGAUCGGCGUCACCGUCAACAAGCUGCGCAACAACGACGUCAAGGAGGUCGCCGACCUCGCAAAGGAGCUCGUCCGCAAGUGGAAAGGCGACGUCGGCCAGUCGGGCUCGAAGAAGACUACGACCGCCGCCGCCGGCUCGACCUCGACCUCGACUGCGCCCUCUCCUUCGCCCGCCGCCACGCCCGCUUCUCCCGCCCCGAAAGCCUCGCCCGCCCCUUCCACCUCGUCCGCCACCACCGCCGCCGCCGCCCCAGCAGCGCCCGUCAUCACGACCACGACAACGAUCGCGCCCGGGCCCGACCCCGUCGCGCCCUCGGCCUCGUCCACCGCGCAACCGCCGCCACCGCCGCCCGCCGUGCGGCGCCAGUCGUCGGGCGGGCCGCCGCGGACGCACAAGAGCGACGGCGUCGCGUUCCACGACGGGAGCAAGGGCGACACGGGCGACAAGACGCGGGAAAAGUGCUGCGAGUUGAUCUACGAUGCGCUCGCACAGGACUCGGGGGCCCCGUCGGAGCUCAUCUUUCAGCGCGCGCGCGCGCUCGAGAAGCACGUAUGGACCCAGAACCCGCCGCCCGGCGGCACGGCGACGUACCGCAACCGCAUGCGGUCCUUCUACCUCAACCUCAAGGCGGCCAACAACCCGUCGCUGCGCGAGGACGUCGUCAGCGGCGAGAUCAGCAUCGUCGCCCUGUACGACAUGGACCCCAAGGACAUGGCGUCUGACGAGCGCAAGGCUGAGAACCGCAAGCUCGUCGCCGAGAACCUGUUCAAGGCGCAGGCGGCCGCGCCGCAGCAGGCCGAGACGGACGCGUUCCAGUGCGGCAAGUGCAAGCAGCGCAGGUGCAUGUACUACCAGAUGCAAACCCGGUCUGCCGACGAGCCCAUGACGACUUUUGUCACCUGCCUUGCGUGCACGAACCGCUGGAAGUUCUCGUGACGAACGACGGCGGAACGGCGGGAGGAGAGGGAGGAAGAGGAGGACUUGGUCGUUUUUCGCCGGCCAGCUUCGUUCUGCAGCAGCUUUGUCGAUGCACUCGCUCUCUCUCGGACGCAAAGAGACCAAGACGAGUACAACAGU